GAUCUCAAAUGCUACAGAGACUAACAGUUUUGCAGCUUCUUUUAUGCAUUUGAAAUUAAAGAGGGAACAUAAGGAAAGAUUACAUGAAGUUGGGAAAAAGCAAGGCGGGGAUUGGGUUAAAGGAUGGUUAACAAGGUUAUGUGCUCUCCUGAGGGUGGUUACACCUUGGAGGGGUAGUCCUUCUGGCAUGUCAAAGGUGUGUUAACCUAGAUGCACAAAAACAAUGGACAGGGCUUGCUUAAAAACCUUUCACUAAAGAAGUCAUAGGCCUGGGGCAUGACUACCCACUAUGACCUCCUCAGUUAGGAAUUUAUGAGUUAUUACAGCACCCCUUUUUUAGUCUACAGUAUCAAGAGGCUCAUUGUCAACAUCUGCUAGAUUUCUGUCCUGUUGCUUCACUUUGUCUUGUCUUUUCUGUUAUGAAAUGAUAUCCCACCUGAGGACAAUAGUUAUUUAAGGUCAUACUUUAAAAUAUCAAAGUCAGGAAGUCAGGAAACGGUCACCAUAUGCAUUUCUGGAGAAAUGACAAACUCGUCAAACUUGUUUUUCUAUUCUGCAGUGAGCUCAGAUUCUGCUAAUCUUUGAGUUGAGGAAGUGAAAAUCUCUAUCAAUGGAGUUAACGGAUGUGUCAGUCCAUUUGGGCUGAAUGGCUUCUAAACAACAAAAAUGUAUUUCCCCACAGUUCUGGAGGCUGGGAAGUCCAAGAUCAAGGUGCCAGCAUGGUGAGGUCUCUCUUCCUUGUUCAUAGCCAGGGCCUUCCCGCUGUGUCUUCACAUGGUGGAAGGGGCAAGGGAGCACUUUGAAGCCUCUACCCUCCCUCAUGACCUAAGCACCUCCAAAAGGCCUGACCUCCUGAUACCAUCAUGUCAGGCAUUAGGAUUUCAACACAUGAAUGUGAGGUGGGAGACACAAACAUUCAGACUCUAGCAGUAAGUUCCCAUCACCUUCCAAAAGGUGGGUUCCAGGGUGUGUGAAAGUUGGAGGGAGUGACUGGAAACAAUGGGGUCAAAUGUAUUCAUUUUUGCAGGGAUAGGGAUGCAAUCCAUCGAGGUUCCCAAGUUUUUAGAAGUACAAGAGACAGGCUGCCACGCUUGGAGCUGUGAACAGGAUUGGGACUGUGAGACCCAGAUUUGGAGGGUACCCUAAUCCUACUUCAGGCGCAGAUCUGUGGAUCCAGAACAGUAUCUGUAGCAGCUGAGAAGUCAUUUUAGGCUCCUGGCCCAGUGUCUUGGCAGCAAUUUGAUCUGAAGAUGGCAUCCAGGGUGUUGUGGGGUAGCCUCAGCCUGCUCCGCCUGGUGUGGUGUCUCCUUCCACAGACAGGCUACGUGCACCCAGAUGAGUUCUUCCAGUCACCUGAGGUCAUGGCAGAGGACAUCCUGGGCGUGGAGGCCGCACGGCCCUGGGAGUUUCAACCCAGCAGUUCCUGCCGCACAGUGGUCUUCCCACUGCUGACCUCUGGCUCUGCCUUCUGGCUGCUCAGGCUCUGGGAAGAGUGGGGGCCAUGGCCUGGCCUGGUGAGUGGCUACGUGCUGCUGGUGGGACCCCGGCUCCUCCUUACUGCCCUCUCCUUUGCCCUGGACGUGGCUGUGUACCACCUGGCCCCACUGUGGGGGGCAGAGCGCUGGAACGCCCUGGUCCUGCUGUCUGGUUCCUAUGUUACCUUGGUCUUCUACACAAGGACCUUCUCCAAUGCCAUCGAGGGACUGCUCUUCGCAUGGCUGCUGGCACUGGUAUCCCAUCGUGUAGCUUGGAGCCCCUCACCCAAGAAGCCUGCUCCAGGCCCGUGGUGGCAUAGCUGGCUUCUUGGGGGCAUCGUGGCUGCUGGCUUCUUCAACCGGCCCACCUUUCUGGCCUUUGCUCUGGUCCCCCUCUUCCUCUGGGGGAUUUGUGGAGCCACAAACCCUGGCUUUAAGUCACUGACCAAGGAAGCCCUGGGACUGCUCCCAGGGGCAACCCUCAUAGCAGUGGUGUUUGUGACUGUGGACAGCUGGUAUUUCUCCAGUCCAUCUAGAUCCAGUACCCUUGUCCUUACACCUGCCAACUUCUUGCACUACAACCUAGAUCCUCAGAACUUGGCGAGGCAUGGCACGCAUCUGCGGCUCACUCACCUGGCAGUCAAUGGCUUCCUGCUCUUCGGGAUACUGCAUGCCCAGGCCCUGCAGGCUGCGUGGCAACAGCUGCAAGCCUGCCUCCGGGCUUGUGCACAAACGGGCUUCCCAAAGGUGCUGGAUGCCCGGAGCCUGCUGUCCAGCCCCAGGCCGCACCUCCUGCUCCUCUACUUCAUACCCCUAGCCCUACUGUCUGCCUUUAGCCACCAGGAGGCUCGGUUCCUGAUCCCUCUUCUGGUCCCCCUUGUCCUGCUUUGUAGUCCACAGACCCAACCUGUACCCUGCAAAGGCACCCUGGUCCUCUUCAAUGCCCUGGGGGCCUUCUUCUUCGGCUGUCUGCACCAGGGGGGGCUAGUGCCUGGCCUGGAGCACCUGGAGCGGGUGGUUCAUACACCUGUGCUUCCAAGUGUACCUACCCACUACACACUGCUCUUCACCCACACCUACAUGCCCCCCCGGCACCUCCUACACCUGUCAGGCCUGGGGUCACACGUGGAGGUGGUGGACAUGAGUGGGGCUGAAGACCGGGUCCUGUGUCAAGCCCUGAACAAUUUCACCAGACAACCAGCCUGCCAGGUGGCCACUAGGUCGUGGCUCUGCCGCCUUUUUGUGGUGACCCCUGGCACCACCAGACCUGCCACAGAGAAAUGCCGCUUCCCUCUCAAGAGUGAGACACUCAUGUUUCCCCACUUGACUCUGGAGGACCCACCAGCCUUGUCCUCCCUGCUGAGUGGGGCCUGGAGAGACCAUCUCAGCCUUCACAUCCUGGAGCUGGGGGAGAAGUCUGACAAUAUGACAGAAAAGCCACUGCCAUAGGGGAACGCACCACCCCACAUUCUAUGUGGGUAGCUGAGCUGGAACAGAGCCUUGAUUCUCUUCAUUUCCCUUCCAGAAUUUUCACCACUGACUCUCCUGUACACAGCCUUUGGCUGCUCUACCCUCUGGGUAAUCUGGAAUCCUUUUCCCCGCAAAGACCAAAUAUCUCACCAGUCACAGACCUGAUGCCAAGGUCCCAAAAGAACCUGGCGUAACCAAUGGUGCCUAAUGUCAGUUCCUGCCCUAUACCUUCCAGCCAUGGUGAUGUUUUAAAUAAAUGAUAGUAUCUGGCUGUGAAGAGACAACAGUCUGCUAAUGACAUUCCUGAAUGACCUCCUCCAAACCUUCUAGAUGCCUUAUCUCUUGCUAUCAUGACAAGCCUUUGGCUUCCUCGAUACCUGAAGGAGGCAGUAUGGUGAUGUAGAGAAAGUAGGAAGCUCAGAUUCAGGGGACCUGAGUUCUAGUUCCUGGUCAGCCACCCACUGGUUGUGUAACCUUAAGAAAGCCCCUUCCCCUCACCCAGCCUCAGUUUCCCAACCUGUACAAUGGAUCAGAGAAUCUCUGAGGUGUCUUCCAGCUAACACUGUCAUUCCUGGGUCUGCAGCACAUGUCCCUGGCUAGAUAGGCACAUCUCUCCCAAAGCUCUUUAAGCAUAGGAGUGGGUGUGGUGCUGUAUUUAGUUGCACUUUGGUGCCUACUAUCUCAGUAUUCAGUUAUUACCAAAACAAGUAGUUCUGGAAUUUUUCUCCCCACUUCUUCCUCCUGUCCCUGAGAGAGGUGGUGGGACAUUUUGGCAUCUCACUCUUUAAGGAUUAUUCUCCCAGAUUAGGGACCCCAGAUGUUUUCCCUCCUCAGCCUGCCCCAGAGGGAGUAGAAAACACACAGUGUUCAGUCAAUAUCUGGCAACACUUGCAGACAACCUGGUGCUCCAGAGGCUUUUCUUCUUAAAUGUGGUCUCGAACCUCUCUAAGCUCGAAGCCCCUGUCUGAAACCUCUCUUCACAUGAUAGAGAGCAAAUCCUAUGCCACACCAACACCUGCUGCUUUGGUAGAAGCCAUCACACCCGUGAGCAUGUUGCUCCCCACAACAUAGUGUACCCCCUACCCAGUAACUGGAACCAUACGGAGCUGUGGCAUGAGGAGCUGUGGCACUAUGCCUGUCCUCAUUCUCCUUCCUCACACCUCUGCCAUCUCAUGAGAACAAGAGGCACCCAGGCCAGAGAGAUCAGUGAGCAGGAGCUCAGCAGGAGACCAAACCUAUACAAAUGGCCAAACCUGAGUCCUUAUCUAAUCCUGCCUUCUGCUGGCGAAAGUCUUGGGUCAUUUUAAAGGGACACCCUUUACAGGAUUGCUGCUCUGUGAUUGCUGCUCGGGUUGCAGGCCACAACUUCCUCAUGACUCCAACCCUGAGGAAGAGAGUCAGUGGUGUGCUGGUAAAUGUUUAGCAACUUGUUCUCUAGGACCAAAAAAAAAAAAAAA